AUGGAAUACACGGCACAAAAUGCCCCGCAUUACGGGGACGAUCUCCCAGCGACAGCGUGGUAUCGAUUGCUCACGCUAGAACCAUCAGAUCAACCAACAAAUCCUCUGAUAUGUCACCUACAAGCUCAGGAAAUGUCCCGCGCUGGCUCUUAUGAAGCUCUAUCGUAUGUGUGGGGGGACGUAAAGACCCAGAAAACCAUCUUGAUAAAUGACAAGCCAUUCAUAAUCCGUGAAGGGCUGUACAAUGCUUUAAUAGCACUGAGGAGCGACUUUGAGCCCAAAAGGCUCUGGGUAGAUGCUAUUUGUAUCAAUCAAGGCAGCGUUCACGAAAGAAAUUGCCAGGUCCGGCAGAUGAACAAAAUUUACGCCGGCGCCAAGCGCGUCAAUGUCUGGCUUGGAAGGUCUUCUGCCGCGACGGAUCGCGGUAUUGAAUUUCUUAAAUCAUUUGAGAACAUAUCAACCGACGGAUGGGGCGUACAUGAUUCAGAGAGUGCGAAAGUUGAGACUUACUGGAGUCUUUUUGGACCUUUCAUCGAGGGCCUUCGACAAGGUGUAUUGUCUCCCAAUCUUCACGACGCCCUUCAGCUCCUGGAAAAACCUUGGUGGAGGAGAAUGUGGACCCUGCAAGAAAGCGUCUUGUGUCGUUACGUUACGUGCUGGUGUGGACAGAAGUCAUUACCACUUUCUUGCUUCUGGAAUUUCGCAUGGUUCAUUUACCUAUCACUAAAUUACGGACACUGGAGCGGGCAUCCCAUUGAUGCGUCAAUCCCCUGGAAAACUGCAAUAUGGGUGGGAAGACUUGGGAGGAUGGUAGCCAAAGAUGGCAAGAUCCCCCUGCUAGUGGCGCUAGAAGCCUCGUGGAAUCGAGCUGCUUCAGAUCCUAGGGAUAAGAUCAUUGGUCUUCUUGGUCUCGUUGACCAGUCAUCAGGCUUGGCACUUGAGUAUGGCUGGGCAGUUGAGAAGGUCUACCGCAAGGGGUUUGCUGCCGUGCUUCGGGAAACAAAAAAUCUAAGCCCCUUGGGGCUCCUCUCGGAGUUUUCUUUCAAGAGAAACCCAAUGCUACCUUCUUGGGUUCCUGACUUCGAGAUACAUUCCACAUCAGGUAGCAACGAUCUCGCUUCACUAUCGAAGAGCAUCUGGAGUAAAGGAAACUUCAUUAUGAAAAACUCCCUAAUUACAGGGGAAGAUCACAGGGUAAUUACGACGGAAGAAGACGACUCGAUCCUCGUUGUUGAAGGAAUAUCAAUUGAUGUUGUUCUUGAAAUAGGCAAGACAGCUCCAGGAUGGAACCCACUCGACCCAGCUCAUGGCUUUGUUGGAAAUCCAUGGAAAGAGAAGAUGCGAGAAGUUCUUAUGGAAUGGCGAAAAAUGAUCCCAUUGUCGGAUAAAAACUACUCGACGGGAGAGCCUCAAGUUGAUGCUUUCUGGAGAACAGUGUUGACAGACUUACAACAGGGGGGCGCACUCGGGGCGCAACGUCUCAAGGCCCAGGACUUGGAAUUGUUGUCAGAAUUGGAGUCGCAUGAGGGCAUGGAAAACCUUUUGUUAACAUGGGAAGAUCCGAAAAAGCCUGACGCUCGACAACUAAGACUCCUUGAACAACAGAAUCGGAGAUUCUUCAUCACCAGUAAAGGUUACUUUGGGCUUGGGCACCCAUCUUUACAGCCUGGAGAUACAGUUUGCACUUUGAAAGGAGGAGAUGUAAUCUAUGGUCUUCGAGCAACAGAAAACGGUCGGUGGAUUUACGUUGGAGAAGGUUAUCUCCAUGGAGUCAUGGAUGGCGAAAUUACCAAAGCCGCCACGCUAGGGGAGUACUCCUAUCAGACAUUCCGCAUCGAGUAG